UGUUACGUAGCUAGAGGAGAAGACGGUGAUUGGACGAGAGGCCGAGCCGGUGGGCGGGACUGAGGUUCUUAUUGGUUCUCCCCGGCUUCGAGAGGAGGAAGUGGGAAGCGAGUGCUGAAAGCUGCGCCAUGGCUAAUGAGGACAAUGGACACGGCUUGAAGGAAGUGCUGGUGACCUUUCAGAGAUGCCUCACAGACAACCAGGAGGUCCUUCUGGAUCCAUACUUGGAAGGCUGGAAAGGCCUUGUGAGGUUUCUGAACACCAUGGGUGCAAUCUUCUCCUUCAUCUCUAAAGAUGUCGUGGCCAAAAUCCAAAUCAUGGAGGAUUUCCGCAACGGCGAGCAGAAGGACGACUACAUCAGCCUCCAAUCCAUGGUGAAUUACGAGCUUUCCAACAACCUGGUGGACCUGAAGGAGCGCGGAGACCAUCCGGCCUCUGGCUGCCGAACAAUCCUGCGCUUGCACCGAGCCCUUCACUGGCUGCAGUUGUUCUUGGAGGGCAUGCGGACGAGUGACUCAGACUCUCGGACAUCUGUGCUGUGCACAGACGCCUACAACGCCUCCUUGGCCAAUUACCACCCUUGGAUCAUCCGCAAGGCCACUACCAUGGCCUUCUAUACCUUGCCUUCUCGGGAUGCUUUCCUUGAGAACAUGAAUGUCGGGUCGCAUGAGGAGGCGGUGGAGAUGCUUGGGGAAGCUUUGCCCUACAUCUGCAAGGUCUACGAUGUGACACAAGUGCUCUACGCUCAGCACAACAUUCUUGACCUCCCAUAAUGGAGCACAGCUCCAAUCGAAAUCUGCCUGAAUUUGCUUGCCUAAAUGGCAAGCAUAACCACACAUAUCAAUGCCUAUGCAUGUCUGUGGCAGCUUGUCAGUACAGUACUGAAAUCAUAGAUCCUAUUGCUGUAAAACGAACCUUUCUAAAAGAUGUUUUGGAGUUCAGCUCCCAUCAGCCUUGCCAGUGAUCAGGAACGAUGGGAGUUAUAGUCCCAAACAUCCCAAAGGCACCUGGUUGGAGAUGUCUGCUCUGGGCAGAGGCUCUUAUAAAAUUAAACUGCACUUAAGUUGGCGUUAGAACAGUUUUCUCUCAACCUGGUUGUUGUCAGAUGUUUAAAAGUCCUCCUUUGAUCAACUCCCAAGCAAGUAUUUCCAGUGAAGCCUGGGAAUUGUAGUUCAAAGCACUUGGUGGGAUAGCUGCUGAAAGCUAUACAUAUAUAUAUGUAUAUCUCACACACUGAAAGCAAGCAAUCUCUAUAUAGGAUUAUAUAUCCUAUUUAAUCAUAUCCUAUAUAUGUUUAAAUAUUCAAAUUGUCUGAAUAAACCACACUAAAGCUCCCAAUAAAACCAUUGGCCAGGCUGGCUGCAGCUUCUGGGAGCUGAAUAUCUAAAGGACCAAUGGUUCCCCAUCUAAACAUAAUGUAUUUAUCUAUAUCUAUAUAUGUAUGUAUAUGUAUAUUGCAGAAAUCAUUAGUGGAGUUCUUCUCAGGACCCUUAGAGCCAUUCCAGCAGCCUUGGCUCAGUUGUGCUCUCUGUAAAAUGGACCUAGUUUGCUGAACUAAGGCUGCUUGCCACUCUCUUCUUCAAAUGAGAUGAAGGUUUAAAGGGAAAAGUGGAGGAGUUGUAUUGUGGACUGUUGCAUAUCUUAAUAGCUCUGUGAAAAUUGUUGGUUAGGAUUUAGUUGGGGGAAGAGAGAGAUACCUUAUUGGCAGCAUAAUCCAUGUCCAGACAAUGGGGAACAAAGCUCUUCUAGGGGCUCCAUUGACCAUUCCUGUCCCACACUUCCAUUCCCAUGCUGGGAUGUGUUGUCCAUAGGUUUGGGGGCUCCCAAUGUAUCUGUGCCCCACAGCUGAGAGCCAACAUGGGGCAGUAAAGUGGGGAUGCCCAUUGCACAUCACCCUCUUAUUGUAUACAGGAAGGUGGCAACUUGUGUGCUGGAUGCUUGAACAAUCUCUCCAUAAUGUGAAUUAAGGCAGUCAGUCUGUGUCAUAGAAGAACGUUUGGCCUGGAAGUCUAUGCGCACUUGAGAAGGAGCAGAGAUAUGGAUAAACCUAUGAUUGUAGUUGUUGCACUUUUUUCUGCCCCUUCCUAAAUGGGAAGACAAUCCAGGGCAUUGUACUUGUGUUGCCCAAGUGGUGUGUUUCGUUUUGGGGGCUUGAGCUUUUUGUCAUGAUCUGUCGCAACGACAGACCAUUUCCUGGGCGCAAAUCAAUCAAAUCUUAUGUCUGUCGGUUGUGUUUUUGUGCGUUCUCUUUUCUAAUUUAGUUUAAAUUACCGUUGACUUUUGUCUGUAUGGAGGUGGAUAGAAUGGAAAUGGGCUGCCAAAAAUUAUUUGCACAUUGAUAUUACAGGUUAGAUGCAUGCGCUGUGAUUCGCAUAGAUUUUAUAUCUCACCUUGUUUGGAUUGAAAUAAAUGUUAUCUGUAGUGCA